AUGUCUCACACUCACUCUCACGACGGUCCCAGCGGGCACUCCCACUCCCAUGACGGCUUCAACGCCCAGGAGCACGGCCACUCUCACGAAAUCCUCGACGGACCUGGUAGCUACCUUGGGCGCGAGAUGCCGAUUGUCGAAGGCAGAACCUGGGCGGAUAGAGCCUUCACUAUUGGUAUCGGAGGACCCGUCGGCUCCGGCAAGACCGCCCUCAUGCUCGCCCUCUGCAACGCCCUCCGCGAAAAGUACAACAUUGCCGCCGUAACAAACGACAUCUUCACCCGUGAGGACGCCGAGUUCCUUACCCGCCACAAGGCUCUGCCCGCCCCUCGCAUCCGCGCUAUCGAGACCGGAGGUUGCCCGCACGCCGCUGUGCGUGAGGACAUCUCAGCCAACCUCGCCGCCCUUGAGGACCUCCACCGCGAGUUCGACACGGACCUGCUUCUGAUCGAGUCUGGAGGCGACAACCUCGCCGCGAACUACUCCCGCGAGCUGGCAGACUACAUCAUCUAUGUCAUUGACGUGUCGGGAGGCGACAAGAUCCCUCGCAAGGGCGGCCCGGGCAUCACGCAGAGCGAUCUGCUGAUUGUGAACAAGACGGACCUCGCCGAGAUUGUUGGUGCCGAUUUGGGUGUUAUGGAGAGGGAUGCCCGCAAGAUGCGCGAAGGCGGCCCUACAGUCUUUGCACAGGUGAAGAAGAACGUCGGUGUGGACCACAUUGUCAACCUCAUCGUCAGCGCGUGGAAGGCUAGCGGUGCUGAGGAGCAGCGUAAGUCGGCUGGUGGACCCAGGCCGACGGAGGGAUUGGACACUCUCAAUUCGUAG